UAUCUACUCUCAUAUCAUUCACUUUGUAAAAUCAUUACUCACUCCAUUAGACCAAAGAUUAAGUUUUUGUAGAAACUUUUUUUCUUGUUGAGCCUUAUUCAUCUAUAAAUUUCACUCUUUUAGUCCAAAAAUUGAAUCUUUAUACAAAAUUUCUCUUCUUUGAGGCUUGUUCAUCUUUACAUUUCAAUCUUUUAGUCCAAAAAUUGAAUCUUUAUACAAAAAAUAGCAUCUGGGGUUUAGAGUUGUGCAGAAAAUUUCUCUUCAAUUUCAUUCUUUUAGUCCAAAAUUGAAUCUUUAUAGAAAAAAUUCUCUUCAAUUUCACUCUUUUGGUUCAAGAUUAAAUUUUUAUACAAAAAUAUCAUUUGGGGUGUAGCAAAAAAGUGAAAAAAAAAAAUGGACAACAAUCAAUCUUUUUACCAAUUUAGUGAUAACCUUCGUUUACAAACAAACAAUUUAGCAAAUUUAUCUUCAAAUGAUUCAAUUUGGAGCAACAAUUAUAUAUCAAAAAAGCCUGAAGAAAGAAGAAAUUUUGAUAUAAGAGUAGGUGGUGAAAUUAAUUCUGUAAAUCCAAUAAAAAAUUACAAUCUUUUUAGUAAUGAUGGUUUCAAGAUUGCUGACGUGGCAGUGAAUGGAGGGGGUAGUGGGGUUAGUUUAAAUGGUGGAUUUAAUAAAGGUGUUUAUACAAACCCUUUGAAUUUUAACAAUAUUAUGGUGAAUUCAUCAAAAGGGGUUAAUAUCAAGAAAAAUGAUGAUUAUGGAUUUGUGAAUAAAUUUGGGAAGAAAAAUAAUAACAAGAUUAAUAGAGAGAGUAAUAAGGAUUUGGGUGGUAAUAAUAGUACUGAGAAUAAUAAGAAGUACAAGACUUUGCCAGCAUCAGAAUCAUUACCAAGAAAUGAAACAGUUGGUGGAUAUAUUUUUGUUUGCAACAAUGAUACUAUGCAUGAGAAUCUCAAAAGGGAGCUCUUUGGCUUGCCACCUCGUUACCGUGAUUCAGUUCGCCAAAUAACUCCUGGCUUGCCUCUUUUUCUCUACAACUACUCGACCCAUCAGCUUCACGGAAUUUUUGAGGCUGCGAGUUUCGGUGGGUCCAACAUUGAUCCUACAGCCUGGGAGGACAAGAAGAACAAUGGUGAAUCGCGCUUUCCUGCUCAAGUGCGCGUUGUGACAAGGAAAAUUUGUGAACCACUUGAAGAGGACUCAUUCAGGCCGAUUCUUCACCAUUAUGACGGUCCCAAAUUUCGCCUUGAAUUAAGCAUUCCAGAGGCUCUCUCUCUCCUGGACAUCUUUGCAGACAAAAAUAUACUGAAUAGUUUGUUAAAUUGAAGGGUCUACAGUACAUAGGCAAUAUAUGUGAUAUACAGACAAUAUAUAGCUCUUUUUUAUUUGCAGUCUGAUGUUACAAACUAUUUUGUAAUCCAGCAGGUUUUGUUGUGCAUAUAAUAAAAGUAAAAAAGUUCAAUUUUGUCUA